CAUAGGUAUUAAGUGUGGUACUUCCGUAGUGGUUGUCACCUUUUUAAAACACUGAUUGCGUGCGGUGAUCAUUACACAUUAAAAGAGAGCCCGGCCAAACGUCUCACUCUAUAUUUGGCCAGUCCUGAUAUCCAACAUAUUGCAUAUCUUGUCCAUACAUAUUAACAAUUUAUCAUAUUGUCGCCGAUGCGUUUAGUCUACAACGACGGUUACGUGUACAUGAAUGGGGACAUCGGGAAGCUCCCACCAGGGGCGGUUUACUCUGCCACCCCUGAAUCCUUGGGUUCUGUCAGGGGUACAGUCGUUACAAAUACCUCAAGUUUAGAUUACAGUGUCAUGAACGGAGGAUCAGUAACAGGUGAACUGAUGCUUAGCCCAGUCACCAUGGGUGCUGUUGAGCCUUCAUCUCAACAUUCAACGACAGGAUUAGGUGGUACUCUUGGUGCUGCUGUUACUGCUGCUGAUGGUACUGACACUGCGAGUAGUACUAGUAGCAGUAGUAGUGGUGGUGGUGGUGGUGGUAGCAGUGGUAGUGGGUGUAUUCCUUCUAUUUCUACUACUGCUACAGCUGUUGCUGGUGCUCUAGGCGUUGGGGUUAGUGUUGGUUAUGCUCCUGUUCAAGUUGCUCCUCUAGAUGUUCAAUUAUCAUCAGGAUUAAUGACAGAUUUACCAACAUCUGGCAUUCCACUAGAUCAACUUAAACAAAUGCUUUCUUCACAACUUGAAUAUUAUUUUUCUAGAGAAAAUUUAGCAAAUGAUACAUAUUUAUUAUCACAAAUGGAUAAUGAUCAAUAUGUACCUAUAUGGACGGUUGCUAAUUUCAAUCAAGUUAAAAAAUUAACGAAAGAUAUCAAAUUGAUAACUCAAGUGUUGCGUGAAUCGCCAAAUGUACAAGUCGAUGAGGAAGGACAAAAAGUUCGACCUAAUCAUAAACGUUGUAUAGUUAUUUUACGUGAAAUUCCAGACAAUACGCCACUGGAAGAAGUUAAAAAUUUGUUUUCGGGAGAAGGAUGUCCAAAACUUAUAUCAUGUGAGUUUGCACACAAUAGCUCGUGGUAUGUUACUUUUGAAUCUGAUGAGGAUGCCCAAAAAGCCUACAGGUUUUUACGUGAAGAAGUUAGAGAAUUUCAGGGAAAGCCUAUAAUGGCACGCAUAAAAGCUAAACCAAUGAAUAGGCUACCAAUUCCCACGGUGGCUGGAGUAAGUGGAAUUAAAAAUGGCUUCCGAACUCCACCACCACCACCACCAGUUUUUGAUCCAAGUAGUUAUCCACCUGGUCAACAACGCUUCCUGUACACAAAUGGUACUACCAUGCCACAAACUACGAUACCGCCAUACCCUAAUCAAAUACAGGUCUACCAUCAACCGUUUUAUACUCCAUCGAUGAUGCACUGGGGUCCAGCAAGUCCGGCUUAUUUUGACAUGACCAGUGUAUUUACAAUGAAUGGAAUGACACCGCACAAUUCAUUUAAACCUCACACAAGAUUUAAUCCACGAAAUAGAAAUAAACAUAGAAAUGGAUCUGAUAGAGGUGCUCCGAUGGAUAGUGGUAUGUUACACAUGGGUCGUUUAAAUCAUCUACCAAAAUCAAACUCCAGUAGUAUGCAUAACAACAACAACAACAAUAAUAAUAAUAAUAAUAACAACAACAACAUCAACAACAACAACAGUAACACUAAUAAUAGCAAUGGAAAUCCAAUGUCAACGACGACAAUAACAACAAUAGCUGCUGCUACAGCAGCAACGACAACAGCAGCAACAACAGCAACUACAACAACAUCAACAUUACCAGUUUUAACGUCCAACUAUUCAGCAUCUUCAAAAUCAACAUCUUACCAUCAUCAUCAUCAUCUGCUUCAACAACAACAACAUCACCAACAAUCAAGUGGCACAAAAUUCCAUUCAUCAUCAUCAUCAUCAUCAUCGUCGUCAUCAUCAUCAUCAUUAUCAUCACAUAAUCUGUCAACAUCGGGUGUUGGUGGUGAUAGCAGCCACUAUUCUGGUAGUAAUACUGCCAAAGUCACGUUGCAUGAUAAUGACUCGUCAUAUCACCAUCAUCAUCACCAUCAUAAUUAUCAUCACCAUCAUCAUCAUCAUCAUCAUCCUACUGACGGUUCAAGUAGUGAUCGAGGUAGUGGUGGGGAUCGUGAUAAUAGAGGAGAACGUGAUAGAGGAGGUAGUGGUGGGGGUGGUAAUAAUAGCAGUGGAGAUCGUGAUAAUAGAGGAGAUCGUGAUCGAGACAGAGGUGGAGGUAGCUUACAAUAUUCACGUCAUCGUAUCCACCGCAGAACCAAAGAUCAAGACGGUUUUAUAUCGAAAAGUAAUAAUGCAUUGCCAUCAAUACGUGAGGGUAAUCAUUCUGGUGCUAGUGUUGGUACCAGUGGAAAUGGAGGCGGAGGUGGUUCUGGUUCUGGAAUUGAUAAAAUUGAUAGAGGUGAUAGAAAUGAAAGAAGUGGAUUUGGUGGUAAUAAUACUACUACGACAUCUAAUAAUAAUAAUAAUAAUAAUAAUCAUCAUCAUCAUCACCACCAUCACCACAACAAUAACAAUAUUAAUAAUAAUAAUAAUAAUAACAACAACAAUAAUAAUAAUAAUAAUAACAACAACAACAAUGGCAGCAUCAAUAGUAAUAAUAAUAAUAAUGCGCAUAUAACAUUAUCAUCAUCGUCAUCGUUAUCGUACAACAAUCGUAGCGUUGUACAAUUUGAUUUGGAAGCUACGGCAUUUCCACCAUUACCUGGUUUAGAUUCUGAUUUGAUAAAAUCACACAGUACAAUGAGCGAAUUAAGUACAGUGAUUGAUCAUAGUAACAGUGGAAGUAAUAGUGGCGGUGGUGGUAAUAAUAAUAUUAAUAAUAAUAAUAAUAAUAAUAGCGGUUGUGUUGCUGUAGGUGGUGGUGCUGCUGCUGGUAGUGGGGGUGGUGGUGGUGGUAGUAAUAAUAAUAAUAAUAAUAAUAAUAAUAAUAAUAAUAUUAACAUUAACAAUAAUAAUUGUAGUAAUAGCAGUAAUAGUAAUACUAGUGGUGGUAGUAUUGUUGUUGUUGGUUUACAAUCACAAAAUAGGCUGUCAGAUGUUGUCAAAGGUACAGCUAAAAUAAAAAGCACAAAAGAUAUGAUGAUGUUUAUAUCUAAGGAUCAUACUUGUCCGACAUCAUUAUCGUUGUCGUCGUCGUCAUCAUUAACAUCAUCAACGUCAUCAACGUCAUCAACGUCAACGUCAUCGUCCUCGUUGUCGUUACCCACUAUGAUAACUACUGUAAAUCAAUUAAGUAACAGAUCAACUAGUCCAGGUUCAAUAGCUAGUGGAGCUGCUGGUACAGCUGCUGGUGUUCCUGUUGUUGGUAUUGCAACUACUGCAACUACUGCUACUACUGCUGCUUCUACUGUUAUACCUGGUCAUUUAAUGGGCAACACUACAGUUGCUAAUAUAGUUAUAACUGCAAGUGGAUUAAUUACAUCAAGUACUAAUAUUGUUACUGGUGGUACAAGUAGUGUCGCUACAGACAUUAUAUUCAGCACUGUCACCCUCACUCCCCCGUCAUCGCCUGAUAAAUCUAUUAAGACUGAUGACACAAACAUGAUGGUGAACGGUGUGGAUGAGGCCAUAAGUACAAAAACGCAUGCUGCUGAAAAGUCUGAGCCGGUAAUGAGGUGCAAUUGUAACAUCCCUAGUGUCUCACAGAAUCUUCCUCAGUCACAAACAGGAGUGGCCUCAGCCUAUCCUUUAGACUUGAACAGGCCAAGCUAUGCCCAAGUAGCUCAACAUUGUCGCGAGCAACCUUGUACAAAACACAAAAUAGAUGAAAAAGAUGCAAUUGAAUAAGCCAAUAUACAUUGCUGCUAUCGGUGGAAAAAAAUUCAAUAUUUUUCAGUCAUCAUUUUUUUAUUUAUUUAUUUAUUUUUUUUUUUUUUUUUUCGUUUGCUUUUUUUUAUCAAUUGAAAGAAAAUUAAUAAUAAUAAAGAAAAAAAUAAAAUAAAAAAUAACGACGCUCGAUUGAUGCUGUUUGUAUUGCCAAAAGUGAUUUAUAACCAGGUUGUACAAGCGGCUGCGAGAAAAAUAAUAACUUUUUACACUGUACAGUAACUUUCCCUAUUAUUAUUAUUAUUAUUAUUAUUAUUAUUAUUAUUAUUAUUAUUAUUAUUAUUAUUAUUAUUAUUAUUAAUAUUUGUUAAUUUUGAAUUAUAAUCAAAACAUAUUAUUAAAAAGUAAUAAUAAAAAUGUUGGAAAACAUAAGAUAAAAAAUGAUAGAGAAUUUGCUUGAAUUUUUUUAGGGAAAAUAGAAUAUAAUAAUAAAAUGAAAACAAUUGCGAUUGCUGAUGAUAUAACACAUUGAUAUAAAACUUAAAUUAAGUUCUAUGAUUCUGGCAGUAUAUAUUUGUUAGUUUUUAAUAACAAAUUAAAUGGAAAACUGAUUUAAUAUUAAUAUUAAUCAAAUAAGUUGUUAAUCAUUAAUACGAUUAUCUUCAUCCUUCCCAUUACGGUUAUAAUUAAACAAAUAAUCAAGAAACUAGAAGUAUUUUUGGGAGAAAAAUAAAAAUUAUAAUAAUAAUAACAAUAAAAAUUUUAUUUAGCUUUGUGCCAAAAUCCAAAAUUACCAGGACACAGUGUAUAAUCUUAAGCAACGAAUGUGUUUAUUUAAACAAUAAAUAUAAACUAUUAAAAAUUUUUAAUGCAAAAAUAUAAGUUAAGAAGAAAAUAAAAUGAGAAUGAAAAGAAAAAUAAAAAGAUAACGGAAAACAAUCAACGAAAUUUAAUUCAAGUAUCUAGUAUUUUGUCGUGUUAAUAAUUUCGGUUAAUAUAAUUUUAUUUAAAGUGUAAAUAAUCAUUUCUUACUUGACUAUUCAUGCUAUUAUUUACUAUUUUUUUUUUUUCACUUGAUUUUAUAAACAAAAAAUACAAUCCCUCAUACUUAUUAAGUUACGUUAUGCUCUUUUCUUCUUAUGUUUGAUUGUAUGAAAUUUUUUUUCUUGUUUUGUUCACUAACAACUGAUAUAAUUAAUUUUAAUUUCAUUUUUUUCUCACAAACACAUAUAUUAGAAUUAUAUGUAAAGAUUCAAAUUAAUAAGCAUAAAAAAUAACAAAUAAUUAUUAUAAAAUAUGAAAUAAAUAAUUGUUUUUACUUUAAA